AUGGGUAGACCACGUUUGGAAACUACGGAUGGACAUCUUUACAUAUACGGAGCAAAAGAUAAAAAUUUAUCAUUUAUGAUUUCGGAAAAUGGUUACAUCAACGUUAACAAUUUAAAUUUGUAUAAAAUCGUUAAAGAAGCUAAAGAAGCUUCGACGGCCAUAUUAAAUUUAAAAUAUACUUCGCUUACGAAAUUAGAAGAUGACGUUAAAUAUUUUACGUUGAGUUUAAAUCAAAUGUCGCAAAGGUUAAACGUUUGCGAAAAUGCCAUUAACAGUUGGCAAACGGGUUCUAAUAGUAAUGGAGUUUUACCUUUUCAAUUUUUAAUGAAAAUUAAUAAAUUAGAAAGGAGAGUUAAAACGAUUAUGAGAAAUUUAGCAAGACAAGAAUGUCAAAGCGAUCCUUGCAUGAACGGCGGUACCUGUUUGGAUAAAUAUUUAGAUUACGAAUGUAAAUGUUUAGAAGGUUGGGAGGGUAAAAUGUGCGAGAAAGAUAUUAACGAAUGUGCAAGAUUUGCUGGUAGCGAUUUGGGUUGUCAAAAUGGAGCCACUUGCAUAAACAAACCUGGAAUUUACGAGUGCGUAUGUUCUGCGGGUUGGUACGGUUUACAUUGUACAAGAAGAUCUAACGAUUGUAGUUCAGGUCCGCAAGGUGAACUGUGCGGUCACGGAACUUGUAUAACUCAAACUACCGGAAGUAAAGGUUACACUUGCAUAUGCGAACAGGGUUGGAAAACGGAUGGAGUAAAUCCAGCUUGUAAUAUAGAUGUUGAUGAAUGUGCCACGUUUCCCUGUUCCAGAAAUCCGUUGGUCACUUGUCAUAAUAUUCCCGGAAGUUUUUUUUGCGGAACUUGUCCACCUGGAUACACCGGAAAUGGAUUCUCGUGUUCAGACGUUAACGAAUGUCUAAUACAAAAUGGUGGAUGUUCCGUUCAACCUAUGGUUCAAUGCAUUAAUACCGAAGGUUCAAGUAAAUGCGGUCCCUGUCCCCCGGGAUAUUUAGGAGAUGGAAAAACGUGUACGUUUGUCGGAAAAUGUCACGUCGAUAAUGGCGGAUGCAGUCCUAAUGCUAGAUGUCAAGAAAUUGGAAAUAACGUUCAAUGCCAAUGUCAACCGGGAUAUACGGGAACGGGAAUAGGACCGUUCGGAUGUGAAUUGACCGGAUCGGGAACGUUAAAUCCCUGUCAACCGAAUCCAUGUAAAAAUUCUGGAAGAUGUUACGUGACUUUAAAUCAAAAUUUUACUUGCGUUUGUUCGGCAGGAUAUACAGGAAGAACAUGUUCGAUUCGUAAGAAUCAAUGCAGUUCGAAUCCUUGUCAAAAUGGCGGAACGUGUAUUUCAAGAGGAGAUUUUUUUUUCUGUCGUUGUACAUCAUCAUUUACCGGAAGAUAUUGUCAAAAAGAAAGACAAAGUUGUGGAGGUUACAUGACUGCUGACGAGGGCGAAUUACAAUUUCCUCCUUCGAAUUCUAGUUCCGUUAAAUAUAAUCAUAAUUUAAAUUGUGCUUGGAUACUUAUAGUUAAUAGUUCUCUCGUUAUUAACGUAACUUUUGAAUAUUUUGACCUGGAAUCCGCUCCUGAAUGUCAAAUGGAUUGGGUUCAGAUCCACGAUGGUAAAUCUGCGGGUGACCACAUAAUUGGAAAAUUUUGUGGUAAAAAUCUUCCCAAUAAUGGAACUAUAAUUAGUACGACCAAUUACAUUUAUAUGUGGUUCAAAUCAGAUAGUUCGAAAAGCGGAAAUGGUUUUAAAUUAACGUGGAAAGCCGUUAACCCAGUAUGCGGAGGAGCCGUUAAUGCAAGCAUACACGGAACGAUAAAAUCCCCAGGUUCUCCCGGUAAAUAUCCACCGAAUAGGGAUUGUUUAUGGUUGGUAACGGCACCGCUUGGUAAAAGAAUUUCAUUUACAUUUUUCGAAGUGUAUAUAGAAUCUCAUCAAAACUGCAGCUACGACUUUUUAGAGUUUCACGAAGGUUUAACAUUGGACAGUCCAUUAAUGGCCAAAUAUUGCAAUACGACCAUACCACAACCUUUAACAACUCCAGGUAACACGGCAUUAAUUUAUUUUCAUUCCGAUCAAUAUCAAUCUGACAGAGGAUUUCAAAUUGCUUUUCAUCCCAUACCAGGAUAUCCAGGUUGCGGUGGAAUAUUUACAAGCAGAAGAGGAGAAAUAUCACCACCGAUGGAAGGAGGAAGAUACAUAAAAAAUAUGGAUUGUGCAUGGUUAAUUAAAUUAAAUGGUAAUUUGAGAAUAAAAAUUGAAUUUUCAACAUUUAAAUUAGAAGAUGAUACGAAUUGCAAUACGGAUUUCGUCGAGAUUCGUGAGGGUUCGGAUAUAACAUCGCCAUUAAUUGGACGUUAUUGUGGAUUUAGAAUCCCACCGAUAAUAGAAUCGGAAGGAAAUGUUUUAUUCGUUAGGUUUUAUGCAGAUAAUACAAUCGAAGCCAGCGGUUUCCGGUUAACUUACAGAUCCGUUUGCAGCGAAACAUUAACGGAAGAAAGUGGAUCAUUACAAUCUCCCGGAUAUCCUACAAAAUACAAAAGUCAAGAGGAAUGCGUGUUUGUUAUAAAACAACCGCCAGGAAAAAUAAUUCAAUUAGAAUUUCAAGAUUUUGAAUUUGAACAAAUUUCCGUUUGUUUUUACGAUUAUCUUGAGAUAAGAGAUGGACCCACAGAAUCAAGUCCACUCAUUAAGAGAUACUGUGGAAGUGACAGGCCUCCGACGAUAGUGUCCACACACAAUUACCUAUGGAUAAAAAUGGUGACGGAUAACGAUAUCGAAAUGAAAGGAUUUUAUGCCAAUUACACAACGAUCGAUGUUUCUUGCGGUGGUAUACACACCGAUCCGGAAGGUGAAAUUUUAAGUCCAUCAGAAUACGGUUCGUAUCCACCGAAUAGAGAUUGUCGUUGGGCCAUAGUCGGAAAACCCGGUGAAGUUAUACAAUUGACAUUCAACACAUUCAAAUUAGAAUUUCAUCAAAGAUGUCAAUUUGAUUUUCUUGAGGUUUUCGAUAAUAGUUCGGCGACGAAAGAAGGAGCUCUCAUGGGAAGAUUUUGCGGAGAAGAAAUACCGCCAUUGCUCACGACUACGGGUCACAUAAUGACGAUUGUUUUUCAUUCCGACACGAGUCUUUCGAUGGAUGGAUUUACGGCAUCGUACAGGCUCGUAAAUAUGUCAACUCUUUGCGGUGGUAAUUAUUUUACAAAUACUGGAAUAUUAAAAAGUCCAAAUUAUCCAAAACCUUAUCCGAAUGCAAAAACUUGCGUAUGGACUAUAAAAGUCGAAUACGGUAAUAAAAUAGCUUUGGAUGUAAUUAAUUUUACGUUGGAAGGAAACACACUCGUGGAAAAUCGUCAAUGUUCUUUUGAUUAUUUGGAAAUAAGAGAUGGAGGAUACGAAUCGAGUCCUCUCAUUGGACGAUAUUGCGGUAAUAAAAUCCCUAAAAGAAUCGUAUCACAAAGCAAUUCGAUAUAUUUGAAAUUUAAAUCCGAUAGUACGUUUCCAAGCACUGGAUUCUGGAUAAAAUGGGAUGGAACGUUGACUGGUUGCGGAGGUACUUUAACAUCCGUCACCGGAAGUAUAAUAUCACCCAACUAUCCAGAACCUUACGGUGCUAAUUCUCUUUGUUAUUAUAAAAUAAUUGUUGCUUCGGGGAGUAAAAUAACCCUUAAUUUUAUGGAUCUCGAUUUGGAAAAUUCUGGACCCUGUUUAAUGGACUUUAUUGAGGUUUUCGACGGUUUAGACGAAUCCGGAAAAUCUUUGGGAAAAUUUUGUAGCAGCACAAAUCAUCCUGCGACAGUUACAUCCUCACGUAAUCAAAUGUCAAUUAAAUUUCAAUCGGAUGUUAGAACGUCCGGAAAAGGUUUUUACUUAAAAUAUAAAACAGAAUGUAACACGAAUUUAACCGGAUUUCGCGGAGUCAUUGAAAGUCCUAAUUUUCCACAAAAAUUUCCACCAGGUACCUCUUGUACCUGGGUAAUAAUGGCACCAUUAGGAAAUAAAAUCAACAUAUCAUUUUCCGAUUUUCGUUUUGCUAGUUCUUGCAACGAUGAUUACAUCGAGAUUCAAGAGGGUAAUCCAAAUCCAACAAAUACGAUUGGUAAAUUUUGUAAUACGAAUCGGCCAUCUUUUAUAGCAUCGUCUCUCGAUAGAGUUUAUGUUAAAUUUAAAUCAAGCGAAUCGAGUUUCCAGGGAAAUUUUCGCGCCGAAUGGGUUAUUAAUGGUUGCGGUGGAACUUUUAUCAAACCCCAAGGAACGUUUAAAAGUCCAAAUUAUCCAAAAGUUUAUCCUCCAAAUACUUUAUGUGAAUAUUUUAUAACUGUUGAUCCUUCUUUGAGUAUAACCCUAAGCAUCGAAGAUAUUAACAUGGAAGCUCUUAGGGACUGUUUUGGAGAUUCUCUCGAAAUUUACGGAGGUUCUGAUAGUGAGGCUCCAUUGCUUGCCAAACUCUGUCACAAGACUCCAAAACCUGUUUUGAUCGAAUCAUCUGGAAAUCAAAUGUACAUAAGGUUUAAAUCCGAUUUAAUAACUGGAGGAACUGGAUUUUUCGCGGAGUACACAACGAAACCUGCUUCUUGCGGAGGUAUGCAAAUAUCAAACGAAGGUACCAUUAUGUCUAGAAAUUAUCCUAAAAAUUACAACGCUAUGGAUAAUUGUUUAUGGAUCGUACAGGUUGAUAUUAAUCAUAGAGUACGAUUGAAUUUCGAAGAAUUUGAUUUGGCUUCCUCAUCACCGACGUGUAAUGGCACUUACGUCGAAGUAUACGACGGUCCUGCAUCAGGUUUUCCUCUAUUGUUAAAGCACUGCGGUAACACCCUUCCAACUCCGAAUCCGGUAUUUUCAACAUCUUAUUAUUUAGCUGUUAAAAUGAGAACCGACAAAGGAUUCACAGCCAAAGGAUUUAAAGCUUCCUUUCAAAUGGAAUGUGGAGCGGAACUCACAGUUUACGAACCUGGCGUAAUAACUCCAUCGGAUUAUAUGCAAAUACGUGUUAAAUCGGAAAAUUGUAGUUGGACUUUAAUAUCGCCCGAACCUGAUGGUCACAUAACUAUGACGGUAUCCACAAUGGAUGUGACAGAUUCAGAAACGUGUAACGAAAAUGCUUUGUAUGCGUACGACGGUAACAGUCAUAAUGCGACACUGAUAGGAGCCUAUUGCGGAAGAAGAACUCAUCUCCCGAUUGUAUCCCAAGGGAACGUUUUAUUCAUCGAAUUAGAUCAAAAUCAUUACAACACAAUAGAAUUUUGGGCAACGUAUUCAUCGUCGACGAGCGCUUGUGGUGGAGUUUUAAAAGGAGAACAAGGAAGUUUUGCAUCACCCGGUUAUCCAAAGAGUUAUCCGACAAAUUCCGAAUGCGUGUGGUCAUUACAAGCAGCAUCCGGAAACGGAGUGGAAAUCAAUUUUAAAACGUUUGACUUGGAAGAAAGCGAACAUUGCAACGAAGAAUAUGUUGAAAUACGUGAAAAAGAAAUUUCUGGAAAACUUUUAGGAGUUUAUUGCGGUCAAAAUGCUCCCACAAAUUUAACUGCUCACAAUGCCGUUUGGAUUAAAUUUAGAAGUAGUAGAAUGGGAACCGGAAAAAGAGGAUUCCUUGCGGAUUACACUCUAGUUUUUGGAAACGAAUUAACUGGUACGUCUGGAGAAAUAGCAAAUCCAUUUUAUCCGAAUCCUUUCAUGUAUCAUAUAGAUAACAUUAACUGGAGAGUAACCGUUGGAUUUGGUAGCGCCGUUAAAAUAACAUUUAAACAAAUACACAUGGAUGAUUUUUAUUCCGUUAUGUGUUUAUCAUCAUUAACUAUUUUCGACGGUUACGAUGAAACUGCACCGAAUUUAGUUAAAGUUUGCGGUUUGAAUAAACCAGAUUCCGUCGUAUCGAGUUCAAAUGUCGUUUAUAUCGUUUUCACUCAUUCUCAAGUCAUACACGGAUCUUUAUUUCUUCUCGAAUGGACGGAAGUGACGAAACCCGGAAACGUCAUACAAACUACGACGACUCCAUCCCUUUGCGGAGGAUUAAUCGAUUUAACAUCUUGGAAAAACAAUUCCGUCAUUCUUAACAAUCCUGAUUGGCCCGAACCUUACACUACGAAUCUCGAAUGCAUUUGGGAAAUCGAAUGUCCGGAUUACGAACAUUUAACGUUGACGAUAAAUGUUCUUUCUCUCACCCAUUAUCCGAAUUGUUUAAAUUCUCAUUUGGGUAUAUUUUCCAAAACAUACGAAGGGGAUUGGAAAGAAGAAAAAAGAUUUUGUCAAAGAAACGAAACCGAUGAAACCGUGUCUACUGCUAAUUUUAUGAAAGUCGUUUUUAGUUCCGGUUAUUAUGAAAGAGCUUUGCUUUCUGCAACCGUUCAAAAAGCCUGUGGGAAUUCGAUAAGGAAAAGCAAUGGCGUCAUCAAAUUCGACAUGAAAGAUUACACUAUGAAAACAUGGUCGAAUGAUAAUUUUUUCUGUCAUUGGGAUAUAACAGUAAGUCCAGGUAAAAAAAUUCGGGUGACAUUUAAAGAAUUCGAUUUGAAAACUACACCGCAUCAAACGUGUACGAAUAAAUACGUUAUGCUACGAAAUGGUGGAUCCGAUGAUUCUCCUUUACUCGGCGAUGGGAUUUAUUGCGAUUUUCCACAAAUGAUCCCUCUCACAACAUCAAAUAAAUUAUACAUAAAAGCAAAAACUUCAAAUCAAGACGCUAGUUUUGUUAUGAAUUAUGAGGAAAUUUCACCCGAUUGC